UUUGUUAAGAAGAAAAGAAGAAGAAACUUGAGAACACAAUGGACUUGAACAAUUCUCCUUCUUCCAAUAACACCAACACCUACAUCACAAUCCCCGUUAAUGGAACAAUCCCUGUUUUCACCACCGCCCCUUUCGACAACAACAACAUCACUCCUCCCUCCACCGCCGCCGACCGCAAACCCAUCGCAUUAUGGCCCGGUAUGUACCAUUCUCCGGUCACCACCGCACUCUGGGAAGCAAGGACCAAGAUCUUCGAGAGACUUCUCGACCCACCAAGGGACGCGCCACCGCAGGGCGCGUUGCUCACUAAGAAACCGUCGCAGAGCAGGACCAGCAUCAUCUACAAUUUCUCCUCCGAUUUCGUCCUCAGAGAGCAGUAUAGGGACCCUUGGAAUGAGGUCAGGAUUGGAAAGUUGUUAGAGGAUCUUGAUGCCUUAGCUGGAACCAUUUCUGUCAAGCACUGUUCUGAUGAAGCUAGCACAACAAGGCCACUUAUAGUUGUCACUGCAUCUGUUGACAAGAUUGUGUUAAAGAGGCCAAUUAGUGUUGACAAUGAUCUUAAAAUAGUUGGUUCUGUUAUAUGGGUUGGGAGGUCCUCAAUAGAGAUUCAACUAGAGGUUACUCAAUGCAAAGAAGAUGGCAGUGCCUCAGACUCAGUAGCACUGACAGCCAACUUCAUAUUUGUUGCUCGAGACUCAAUAACCGGGAAGGCUGCUCCGGUGAAUCGUCUCUCGCCUGAAACAGAACACGAAAAACUUCUUUAUGAGCAAGCUGAAGCAAGAAAUAAUCUGAAGAAGAGGAAAAGAGGAGGGGAGAAAAGGGACUUUGAGAAUGGGGAAGCAAAUAGACUUCAGGCCUUGUUGGCUGAGGGAAGAAUUUUCUGUGACAUGCCAGCCUUAGCCGAUCGAGACAGCAUUCUUCUGAGGGAUACCAGCCUUGAGAAUGCUUUAAUAUGCCAGCCACAGCAAAGGAACAUCCAUGGUCGAAUAUUCGGAGGUUUCUUGAUGCAUCGUGCAUUUGAGUUGGCUUUCUCAACGGCGUAUGCCUUUGCUGGAUUAGUUCCUUGCUUUCUCGAAGUUGACCAUGUUGCACAGGUUGACGUAGGGGAUUUCUUGCGUCUCAAGUCGUGUGUUCUCUACACCGAAGUUCAUGAUCCGGAUCAGCCGCUUAUCAAUGUCGAAGUUGUAGCUCAUGUCACAAGACCAGAGCUGCGAUCUAGUGAGGUAUCAAACACUUUCCAUUUCACUUUCACAGUACGCCCUGAAGCAAAGGCAAUGAAAAACGGAUUUAAACUUAGAAAUGUGGUGCCAGCGACAGAGGAAGAAGCUCGCCGAAUAUUAGAGCGCAUAGAUGCUGACAACUUGAAUGAGUACUUCAGAACAUAAGAAGAGAAACAGCAAGUAGCUGGUAGAGGGCAAUGCAUGCAUAUACUAAGAAAUAUAUUCCCCUAAAUGUAACCUGCUGAAGUUCAAUUAUUAGCUCUUAUAUAUAAUAAUCAUGCCCUUCAAUCCUUGAGGGUGGUACUUUGCCUUGAGGUUCCAGCAUCAUUGGGCUUGGUAGAGAACAAUUGGUGCUUAGAUGAAGUUGAAUCUGAAGGUAUCUAACUUACACAUUAUGCAUUUCCCAGGUUUGGUGUCUUCACAGGCAUCAUGCAUGGUGGCAGUAAUAUGAAAGCUUGUGAAGAAGCGUUUGAAUUUAUGAGUUGUGCUAGCAGCAAAUAGUAAAUUAAGUAAAUAUUACUAUCUGUAUUUUAGUGUGUUGUAAUUCAGAUGAACUUUCCGGCAGUGUAUAGUUAUUAAAAGAUAAAAUCCUACGGUAAUUUCA